GCAAAAAUGCUCUGUUCUGAUUUCUACUGCCUGAGCUGCUCUUUACUCUCAAGUUAGAGCUGUGACUCUGGGCCUGGGACUACGCCCGGGGGAAGAGCCCUGCAGCCACGCCAAGAGCAGCCUGUGGCCCUGGUUUUGUGCCUUGUAUGGGGGCCCGUGGUUCCCCUUGGUUGGAAGCGGCCUCUGUGGAACCUGCGUUUUGUAAAUUUCCUGGCUCCCGGGGAGCAGCUGUUAAUGACGGAAGCCAGUUGAGGGAAAUUCUCCAUGAAUGUACGUCACAAUGAUGAUGACCGACCAGAUCCCUCUGGAACUGCCACCAUUGCUGAAUGGAGAGGUUGCCAUGAUGCCUCACUUGGUGAAUGGAGAUGCGGCUCAGCAGGUUAUUCUCGUUCAAGUUAAUCCAGGUGAGACUUUCACAAUAAGAGCGGAGGAUGGAACACUGCAGUGCAUUCAAGGACCUGCUGAAGUUCCCAUGAUGUCACCCAAUGGAUCCAUUCCUCCCAUCCAUGUGCCUCCAGGUUAUAUUUCACAGGUGAUUGAAGACAAUACUGGAGUCCGCCGGGUGGUGGUCACACCCCAAUCUCCUGAGUGUUACCCCCCAAGCUACCCCUCGGCCAUGUCUCCAACCCAUCAUCUACCCCCCUACCUGACUCACCACCCACAUUUUAUCCAUAACUCACACACAGCGUACUACCCACCUGUUACUGGACCUGGAGAUAUGCCACCUCAGUUCUUUCCUCAACAUCAUCUUCCUCCCACAAUAUACAGUGAGCAAGAAAUCAUACCACUCUAUGGAAUGUCGAGUUACAUCACCCGAGAAGACCAGUAUAGCAAACCUCCGCACAAAAAGCUGAAAGACCGCCAGAUUGACCGCCAGAAUCGCCUCAACAGCCCUCCUUCUUCGAUCUACAAGAGCAGCUGCACCACCGUGUACAACGGCUACGGCAAGGCCCACGGCGGCGGCGGCGGGCCGGGCGUCAAGAAGGCAGAGCGGCGGGCGAGAAGCAGCCCAAAGGCGAGUGAUGCAGACUUGCAAGAGUAUGAGCUGGAAGUAAAGAGGGUGCAAGACAUUCUUUCGGGAAUAGAGAAGCCACAGGUUUCUAACAUUCAGGCAAGAACAGUUGUGUUGUCCUGGACGCCCCCUGUUGGACUUUCAUGUGGACCCCACAGUGGUCUUUCCUUUCCCUACAGUUAUGAGGUGGCUUUGUCAGACAAAGGACGAGAUGGAAAAUACAAGAUAAUUUACAGUGGAGAAGAAUUAGAAUGUAACCUGAAAGAUCUUAGGCCAGCAACUGAUUAUCAUGUGAGGGUAUACGCUAUGUAUAAUUCUGUAAAGGGGUCCUGCUCUGAGCCGGUGAGCUUCACCACCCACAGCUGCGCACCUGAGUGUCCCUUCCCACCUAAGCUGGCCCACAGGAGCAAAAGUUCACUGACCUUGCAGUGGAAGGCACCAAUUGACAAUGGUUCAAAAAUCACCAACUACCUUUUAGAGUGGGAUGAGGGAAAAAGAAACAGUGGUUUCAGACAGUGCUUCUUUGGGAGCCAGAAGCACUGCAAGUUGACAAAGCUGUGUCCAGCCAUGGGGUACACGUUCCGGCUGGCUGCUCGGAAUGACAUUGGCACCAGCGGGUAUAGCCAAGAGGUGGUGUGCUACACGUUAGGAAACAUUCCUCAGAUGCCCUCGGCACCAAGACUCGUUCGAGCCGGGGUCACAUGGGUCACACUGCAGUGGAGUAAACCAGAAGGCUGCUCACCUGAGGAAGGAGUCACCUACACCUUGGAAAUCCAGGAGGACGAAAAUGAUAACCUUUUCCACCCAAAAUACACUGGAGAGGAUUUAACCUGUACUGUGAAAAAUCUCAAAAGAAGCACACAGUAUAAAUUCAGGCUGACUGCUUCUAAUAUGGAAGGGAAAAGCUGCCCAAGUGAAGUUUUGGUUUGUACAACGAGUCCUGACAGGCCUGGACCACCUACAAGACCCCUCAUUAAAGGACCAGUUAUGUCUCAUGGCUUUAGUGUCAAAUGGGAUCCUCCAAAGGACAAUGGUGGUUCAGAAAUACUCAAGUACUUGCUGGAGAUUACUGAUGGAAAUUCUGAAGCGAGUCAGUGGGAAGUGGCCUACAGUGGGUCGGCUACAGAGUACACUUUCACCCACUUGAAACCAGGCACUUUGUACAAACUCCGAGCGUGCUGCAUAAGUACUGGUGGACACAGUCAGUGUUCUGAAAGUCUCCCUGUUCGCACUCUAAGCAUUGCACCGGGUCAGUGUCGCCCACCGAGGGUUUUGGGUAGACCAAAGCACAAAGAAGUCCACUUAGAGUGGGACGUUCCUGCCUCUGAAAGUGGCUGUGAGGUCUCGGAGUACAGCGUGGAGAUGACAGAACCAGAGGAUGUGGCUUCCGAGGUGUACCACGGGCCGGAGCUCGAGUGCACCGUGGGAAACCUGCUUCCAGGAACCGUGUAUCGCUUCAGGGUGCGAGCUCUGAAUGACGGAGGGUAUGGUCCCUAUUCUGAUGUCUCAGAAAUUACCACGGCUGCAGGGCCUCCUGGACAGUGCAAAGCACCUUGUAUCUCUUUUACGCCUGACGGAUGUGUCCUAGUGAGCUGGGAGAGUCCUGAAAGCUCUGGUGCUGACAUCUCAGAGUACAGGUUGGAGUGGGGAGAAGAUGAAGAAUCCUUAGAACUUGUUUAUCAUGGGACAGACACCGGCUUCGAAAUGAGGGACCUGUUACCUGCCGCACAGUAUUGCUGUCGAUUACAGGCUGUUAAUCAAGCUGGAGCAGGACCGUACAGUGAGCUCGUCCUUUGCCAGACACCAGCAUCUGCCCCUGACCCUGUCUCUACUGUGUGUGUCCUGGAGGAGGAGACCCUCAACGCCUAUCCCGAUUCGCCUUCUGUGUGCCUUGUACUGAACUGGGAAGAGCCGUGCAAUAAUGGAUCUGAAAUCCUUGCUUACAACAUUGAUCUUGGAGACACUAGCAUCACCGUGGGUAAUACCACCACCCACGUUAUGAAAGACCUCCUUCCAGAAACCACCUACCGGAUCAGAAUUCAGGCCAUAAAUGAAAUUGGAGCUGGACCAUUUAGUCAGUUCAUUAAAGCAAAAACUCGGCCGUUACCACCCUUGCCUCCUAGGCUCGAAUGUGCUGCUGCGGGGCCUCAGAGCCUGAAGCUGAAAUGGGGAGACAGUAACGCCAAGACGCACGCUGCUGACGACAUGGUCUACACGCUGCAGCUGGAGGACAGAAACAAGAGGUUUAUUUCAAUCUACAGAGGACCCAGCCACACCUAUAAGGUCCAGAGGCUGACGGAAUUCACAUGCUACUCCUUCAGAAUCCAGGCAGCCAGUGAGGCUGGGGAAGGGCCCUUCUCAGAAACCUACACCUUCAGCACAACCAAGAGUGUCCCCCCCACCAUCAAAGCACCUCGAGUAACACAGUUAGAAGGAAAUGCGUGUGAAAUUUUAUGGGAGACGGUACCACCCAUGAAAGGCGACCCUGUCAACUACGUUCUGCAGGUGUUGGUUGGAAGAGAAUCUGAGUACAAACAGGUGUACAAGGGAGAAGAAGCCACAUUCCAAAUCUCAGGCCUCCAGACCAACACAGACUAUCGGUUCCGCGUGUGUGCGUGUCGUCGCUGUUUAGACACCUCUCAGGAGCUAAGCGGAGCUUUCAGCCCCUCUGCAGCUUUUGUACUACAGCGGAGUGAGGUCAUGCUUACAGGGGACAUGGGGAGCUUAGAUGAUCCCAAAAUGAAGAGCAUGAUGCCUACUGAUGAACAGUUUGCAGCCCUCAUUGUGGUUGGCUUUGCAACUUUAUCCAUUUUAUUUGCCUUUAUAUUACAGUACUUCUUAAUGAAGUAAACAAACACAACAAAACUAGAGGUAUGAAUUUAAUUAAUGCUACACAUUUUAAUAUACACAUUUAUUCAGAUACUCCCUUUUUUAAGCCCUUUUGUUCUUUGAUUUAUAUACUUAUUUUACAGAUUUAGCUAGGAAAAAAAUAUCAGUGUUUUGGUGCACCUUUUUGAAAUGCAAAACUAGGAAGAGGUUAAACUGGAUUUUUUAAAAAAAAGAAGCAAACCAGAUACCAAAAGCUAGCUUAUGUUUUCUUUUAAAUUUUUCAGAUUUGCCUUCAUUCUGUCUUCACUGAUGUCUUUUGCAAGCCUUUGAUUUUUUUUUUUUCCAUGUUACAGUUUAGUAAUUUAUAUUCACUGUUCACUUCUUAUGUCUUGAUCAUCUGUAUCUGUGAACAUGAAUCACAGGGCUAGGAUUUCGGCAUUGUCAGAGUAUUACCACACAGAAACCACCACAUGAUGGACAAUAUGUUCACUCAGAUAAGGCUGCCCUAAACAACCAAGUUGUCACUCAGUUAUUUAACUGUUUAGCUCAUUGAAAUCAAAAUGUGUACUUUAAUCUAAAAUGUUUUAAUAAUCUGUAUUUCCUAUGAUUUUAACACUAUGAGCUGCCUGUCUAAGAAAUCAAGUAACCAAAAUGCACCUAUAAAUUAUGGAGCAUUGUAGAUUUUACCACAUCAAUUCAUAGCAGUAACUUUUCGAGGGCAUUGUGCAAUAGUUAGUUGUUUCCUUGUUCAGCUAUUUUAAAAGCUGCUUUAACUUGUUUGUCUUUGUAUAUAACUACUUCUAAUCUAAUCACUAGAGUUAUUAUAUUCUGUUAUGUUUGACCAGAAUUCUAUGACGAGAACUGGUGACAGUUUAGUGCCUCUGCCCAUUGUCCAUGAUUUACACUAAUUGUGAUCAGUCUCCUUAUAUGUCAGCUCGUUAUUUUUGAAAGAUUUGCCGUUAGGCUGUUCUUUGAGGUAUCAAUGAAGUGAUUGAAUUUCAGUUCCUUAAUUCAGUGCACAUAAUACUAAUCUAAUAGCAAAUGAAAAUUAAAACCCAAUAAAUUUGUAGUUCCUAUUUUUGGGGGUUGACUUGGCUAUGUGUGGAGAGGGAAUGGUAUUUGCUGGUAAGAAGCACAGGGUGUUUGGGGGUCAAGGAGCCUAGAUUCUCUCCCUGGAUCUGUCACUAAGUUGCUGCGUGACCUGAACACGUCACUUUACCUCUCUGUGCCUCAGUGUUCCCAUGCAUUAAAAAUAAAAAAUAAAAUGGGGAUUCUAAUGUUUGUAAGUGCUUUGAGAUCCUUGAUCAACAGGUGCUAUCGGAGUGCAAAGUGUUACUCUUGCAUGUUUCUUUUGAUUCCUGAGAUUGUCAAUUUUAACCCAAAGUCAUUGGAUUAUGUAUAUGAAGUCCAUAAUGUUUGCAUACCUCAGGGACAUUUAAGAGUUGGAGGUGCAAAUAUAUUCCAAAAGGGUGCAACAGACACAGUGUAUCCCCCUGCUUCUGUUUCUGUAUAUUUUUGCUACUUGGUUUUUCUUGAUCAUAGCUAUUUUGUGCUUGGUCUGUGUUGUCUUAAAAUGCAGUAUCCUGUACUAGCUUAUAAUGUUCCCAUACCAAAGUCAUGGGGAAACCAACAUUAUUUUGUUUUUGGUUUAUUUAUACUAUAUUCUGCAUACAGUACUUUAAAUGCCAAUUACAGUGCAAUCUUUAUUUAUUGUAAAAUUUUUUAAAUGUACUUAUGUACUAAUUUUCCCUUGUAGCAUGUUAUUUUUUUGUGUUUUAUACUUUUGUAAUUUUAGGUCAGUCUUGUUCCUUGGCAACAUCUGUAGUAUUACCAUUCUUCUGACAUUUUCUUGUGUUUUUAAAGAUAAAGAGCAUCUAGUGCAUUAAAUGCCAAAAAAAAAAAAAAAAAACCCAUUAUCAGUGAUUGAAACGUUUACAUGUACCCAAGAAAAACAUAAUCAUCUCUUUAAAGAAAGUGCUAAGAUCAAUGAAUUAUUCUGUGUGCCUACAUUGUGAUGUAGUAAGUACUAGAAAGUUCUGUAUUUUGUUAUUGACUAGAAUAACUAGUUUAAUUCGCCUUGCAAACUGAUGGCAUCAAGGUAAAUAUAUUUCUGCCAAAGUUUCUGGCCUUCCAAAACUCACUCCACUAUUAAAUGUGCAUUACAAUCCACUAUAACAACUGCAUCUGCAUUUUCUGAAACAAUCUCAUGCCUUUGGGGAGAAGGCUUUUUUUCUUUUUUUUAAACAAUGAAGAGUCAGCUGAGUUACAAGAACCUUGUCUGCAAGAGAAAAAUAAAAUCCCUUUUUGGAAACACUUCAGAACGGCUGCUAUAAAGAAAUUCUCUCAAUUGGUUGGCAUUUUUUCUUAAUGAAAUAGUACUUUAAGCCAAAAUUGCUAUGAAUAUUUGAUCUUUGAGAUUUUCAUACUGUCUAACCACCAGAAAGCUGAGUGUGUGAACACUAGCUAACAGCACUUUAUUUUAUUGCUCUCCACUAUUGACUGUUCAUUAUAAUUCCCCAGUCAAAAAGUUAUCACACUAUCUGGCACUAUUUUAUAUUACAAAUAUUAUGUAUAUGUGAUAUUGAUAUAUAACUAUAUAUUGCCAUUACACAUGAACAAUAAAAUAAAGUGUUAUGUUAACCUUCUCUUUUUGCCCUUUUGCAAUAUGUAGGAAUGAGUGAGUGGCUUUCUGAUGCUCUCUAUAUGUCAAACUCCUCUCUGGCACAAGAAAUUCCAGUCAUGUGAAGCAAAAUUCCCUUUUGUCCUCAAAGAAAUUGUUUAAAAAGAAAACUUUUUUAAAAGAUUUUUUGCAUAUUAUCUGCCUUGUUCUUAUCAACUUGAAAUGUUGGCAUUUUCUAACCAUGUUUUGUCGGCUACAGUAAUUCAGUAUUCCUGUUAAAUUUGAAAAGUGCCCUAAUUGAAUGUGUUUGAAUGUUAUCCUUGCACAAUUCUUUAAAUUGAAAGACAAAAUGUUUUACCUCACUGUUGGACAUACAUUCCAAGCUUUUCAACUUUAGGAGAAAAAAAAAAAUAAUCAUGUUUUCCUGUAUUGUAAAUUUUAGACUAUUUCAUAUACAUUGUAUUAAAACUGCCAUAUCAAUUUUAAUGUAUAGAUUUUGCAAAUACUAUGCUAUAUGUAAUACCUAACUGUAUCUGUAGUGUAUAUGUAAUAUAUUUAUGCCCAAUAAAUGUUUUAAUUCUUUCUGA